AUGACCCUGGCCCCGCGUGCAGUCGCCGCCGGGCCACGCGAAGCCCAGGUCUCCAGCCCCGACACAGUGGACCGCGGGCCGGGUCGGGCGUUCCAGGCGGAGACUGCGAGCAUGGGGUCGGCCCGCUGGGGACUGCGCUGCGCAGUUGUCCUGCUCCUCGCCGCAGCGGCGGCUGCAGGGACCAAAUGUGAGAGAAACGAGUUCCAGUGCCAAGAUGGGAGAUGCAUCUCCUACAAGUGGGUUUGCGAUGGGAGUGCCGAGUGCCAGGAUGGCUCUGACGAGUCGCAGGAGACAUGCAUGUCCGUCACCUGCAAGUUCGGGGACUUCAGCUGUGGGGGCCGGAUCAACCGCUGCAUUUCUCAGUUCUGGAGAUGCGACGGCCAGGUGGACUGCGAGAAUGGCUCAGAUGAACAAGACUGUGCCCCCAAGACAUGCUCACAGGACGAGUUCCGCUGCCGCGAUGGCAGGUGCAUUUCGCAGCAGUUUGUCUGUGACUCGGACCGGGACUGCCUGGAUGGCUCAGACGAGGACGCCUGCCCUACGCCCACCUGCAGCCCUGCCAGCUUCCAGUGCAACUCCACCGUCUGCAUCCCCGAGCUGUGGGUCUGUGAUGGCGACCCCGACUGCGAGGACGGCUCAGACGAGUGGCACUGCAAGGACCGUGAAGACAACGGCCCCUGCUCCGCACUCGAGUUCCACUGUGGUAGCGGCGAGUGCAUCCAUGCCAGCUGGCGCUGUGACGGUGGCCCUGACUGCAAGGACAAGUCAGACGAAGAGAACUGUGCCGUGGCCACGUGCCGGCCCGACGAGUUCCAGUGCGGGGAUGGGACCUGCAUCCAUGGCAGCCGGCAGUGCAACAAGGAGUACGACUGCAAGGACCUGAGCGACGAGCUUGGCUGCAUCAACGUGACGCUGUGUGAGGGGCCGGACAAGUUCAAGUGCCAUAGUGGCGAAUGCAUCACCCUGGACAAAGUGUGCAACUCCGUCAGGGACUGCCGGGACUGGUCGGACGAGCCCCUCAAGGAGUGUGGUACCAACGAGUGUCUGGACAACAAAGGAGGCUGCUCCCACGUCUGCAACGAUCUCAAGAUUGGUUAUGAGUGCCUGUGCCCUGAGGGCUUCCGGCUCGUGGACCAGAGAAGAUGUGAAGAUAUCGACGAGUGUCAGGAACCUGACACCUGCAGCCAGAUCUGCGUGAACCUCGAGGGGAGCUACAAGUGCGAAUGUCAUGGUGGCUUCCAGAUUGACCCCCACACCAAGUCCUGCAAGGCCAUCGGCACCAUAGCCUACCUCUUCUUCACCAACCGCCACGAGGUGAGAAAGAUGACGCUGGACCGGAGUGAGUACACCAGCCUCAUCUCCAACCUGAAGAAUGUGGUUGCCCUGGACACAGAGGUGGCCAGCAACAGAAUCUACUGGUCCGACCUGUCCCAGAGGAAGAUCUACAGCACCCAGAUCGACAGAGCCCACAGCUUCUCCUCCUACGACACCAUCAUCAGCAGGGACCUGCAGGCCCCGGACGGGCUGGCCGUGGACUGGGUCCACAGCCACAUAUACUGGACUGACUCUGUCCUCGGUACCGUCUCAGUGGCCGACACCAAGGGUGUGAAGCGGAAAACACUAUUCAAGGAGAAAGACUCAAAGCCCCGGGCCAUUGUGGUGGAUCCCACUCACGGCUUCAUGUACUGGACGGAUUGGGGAACCCCCGCAAAGAUCAAGAAAGGGGGCCUGAACGGUGUGGACAUCUACUCGCUGGUGACAGAAGACAUCCAGUGGCCCAAUGGCAUCACCCUGGAUCUUUCCAGUGGCCGCCUCUACUGGGUCGACUCCAAGCUUCACUCCAUCUCCAGCAUAGAUAUCAAUGGGAGGAACCGGAAGACCAUUCUAGAGGAUGAGAAAAGGCUGGCCCACCCGUUCUCCCUGGCAGUCUUUGAGGAUAAAGUAUUUUGGACGGACAUCAUCAAUGAAGCCAUUUUCAGUGCCAACCGCCUCACGGGCAUGGACGUUAAUUUAGUGGCUGGGAAUCUGCUAUCACCAGAAGACAUAGUCCUUUUCCACAACCUUACGCAGCCAAGAGGGGUGAACUGGUGUGAGAAGACCUCCCUCCAUAAUGGCGGCUGCCAGUACCUGUGCCUCCCGGCCCCUCAGAUCAACCCCCGUUCACCCAAGUUCACCUGUGCCUGCCCCGACGGCAUGCUGCUGGCCAAAGACAUGAGAAGCUGCCUCACAGAGGGUGAAACUGCAGUGACCACCGAGGGGUCCUCCACGGCUCAGGCCACCGUCAAGCAGACACUCAGCUCAGUGGCCACAAGGACGAAGCCUGUGGCCGUCCCUGAGCUCACCACGGCAGAGACGACUACGAUGUCCCACCAAGCCAUGGGUGAUGUUGCUGGCAGAGGAACCGAGGAGAAGCCCAGGCGUGUGGGGGCGCUGUCCAUCAUCCUCCCCAUCGUGCUGCUCAUCCUGCUGUGCUUCGGGGCCUUCCUCCUCUGGAAGAACUGGCGGCUGAAGAGCAUCAACAGCAUCAACUUCGACAACCCCGUCUACCAGAAGACCACCGAGGACGAGGUCCACAUCUGCCGCAGCCAGGAUGGCUACACCUACCCCUCGAGACAGAUGGUCAGCCUGGAGGACGAUGUGGCGUGA